GCCAGGAUGGUCCUGGUCCACGUCGGCUAUCUCGUGCUUCCAGUGUUUGGCUCUGUGCGAAACAGAGGUGCCCCCUUUCAAAGGUCUCAGCAUCCUCACGCUACCUCCUGCCGCCACUUCCACCUGGGCCCCCCGCAGCCGCAGCAGCUAGCCCCGGACUUCCCGCUGGCCCACCCCGUGCAGUCGCAGCCGGGCCUCAGCGCCCACAUGGCCCCGGCCCACCAGCACAGUGGCACGCUGCACCAGUCGCUGACCCCGCUGCCCACCCUGCAGUUCCAGGACGUCACAGGUCCCUCCUUCCUACCUCAGGCCCUGCACCAGCAAUACCUGCUGCAGCAGCAGCUCCUGGAAGCUCAGCACCGCAGGCUCGUCUCGCAUCCCAGGCGGAGUCAGGAUCGAGUGUCUGUCCACCCCCACCGCCUUCACCCCAGCUUCGACUUUGGCCACCAACUGCAGACACCUCAGCCCCGGUAUCUGGCUGAGGGCACUGACUGGGAUCUCAGUGUGGACGCUGGCUUGAGUCCUGCCCAGUUCCAGGUGCGGCCCAUCCCUCAGCACUAUCAGCAUUACUUGGCAACUCCUCGAAUGCACCACUUCCCGAGAAACUCCUCGUCCACACAGAUGGUUGUCCAUGAAAUUCGAAACUACCCUUACCCCCAGCUUCACUUCCUCGCCCUCCAGGGACUAAAUCCUAGCCGGCACACCUCUGCUGUUCGGGAGAGCUAUGAGGAGCUGCUGCAGCUGGAGGACAGGCUGGGAAACGUGACCCGAGGCGCUGUACAAAACACCAUUGAGAGGUUCACCUUCCCCCACAAGUAUAAGAAGCGAAGACCCCAGGACAGCAAGGGCAAGAAAGAUGAAGGGGAAGAGUCAGACACAGAUGAGAAAUGCACAAUUUGUCUGUCUAUGUUGGAGGAUGGGGAAGAUGUGAGACGCCUACCUUGUAUGCAUCUCUUCCACCAACUGUGUGUGGACCAGUGGCUCGCCAUGAGCAAGAAAUGCCCCAUCUGCCGAGUGGACAUUGAGACACAGCUAGGAGCCGACAGCUGAGGGAGGAGCUAGCCAGUGGACACCCCGUUUCCUUCACCAGGUCCCCCCCCACGGCCAUAGCCCUUGCAGCCAAACUUUGCCUUCUGAGCCAUUUGACGUAGAGAAGAAGCCUGCAAGCACAUUUUUUUUUCUUUUUGGUGGAAAGAGGAGUUGGUAGCGGUGUCUGAGGGAGAGGAGGGGUAGGGUGGGAGGACCCACCCAUCAGGAAUGGUGACUGCCUCAUCGCCUUGCUGUGCAGCCGGGAGGGAGCUGGCCGUGCCCAGAGCAGGGGCGGGAAGGGGGGACCCCAGCUGCUGAGGAUGGAUGUUAUCUCGAGGGUACAAGCUGGUGAUCGGCCCCUCAAUCCUGUCCUUUGAGGGAUUGUGUAUAUACCUCUUGACCACGUAGAAACCAUGUAGGGGUCUCUAGCUAUUCUGUGGAUGGCAGCCAGAGCAUGUUAGCUUAAGAAAAAUGUCGUGUGUGGUGCUCUCGUCAUCUGUGGUGGACAUGUCGCUAUUACUGAACUCGCACCAAAUAUUUCUCAUUGAGUUUCUUGUUUUGGUGCCUGACCGAACCAACCAACCAACCAACCAACGACAGCCCCAAUCUUCCCAUCUUUAUGAGCGAAAAGAAAAAAAAAGAAAAAGAAAAAGAAAAAAAAAAGAAAAAUCAAAGGUGAAAAACAAACAAACAAACAAACAAGCCAAAUUCUGUUUACGGUGAAAAAAGUUGAUAAUUUUUCACCCAGGUUGGGAGGGGGGAGUCCUCGUUUGUUGUUUUUGUUUUUUUUCCCCCUUGGGCUUUGUUUUUCUCAUGUUUACAGUGCACGGAGUGUAAGAGGGGCUUCUGAGAAGGGGAUGGGCUUAAAAGGAGCAGACUGGGUCUCACUGGUUUUCCGAGGUUUUCAGGCAAGGUGAGGAGGGCAGAACCCCAGCCAGAGAAGGGGUUCCUCACCUUGCAGUGGGCUCCCCAGUCCUCAGGCCCAUGGCUUAGCCCCAGUAGCUUUCCUAGGUACCACACUGAACCAGGGAGGACAAUGCCUCCAGCUACAGCCUACCCUCUACUCCCACCCCACCCCAAGAGCCUGUUCCUGGGAGCCAGCAGCCCCUGCUCACUCUAGUUCCUAACCUUCUAUCCUGAGCUCUCAUCUUGCCACAAAGAGGCAAUGUAGCCACUGCCUCCCUAUGCAAAAAUAUUAACCAGAUGAUACAGACGGCACAGCAUCGGCAGUGUAGACUUGGCCUCGGCUAAAGUGCUCUCAGUUAGCAUUGGGGCAUCAGGGCAAGUCCACAACCUUGGGAGUAACUUGAGCUUCCUCCAGGAUCCUGCUUGAUUAGACCCUCAGAGAUAGCCAUUGUUUCGAGACUCCUUGGCUGGGUUGGGAGGCCCUUGCCCCUAGCCUCAUGAUCCUCUGAUUCUUCUGUGAUCUUGGGAAAUUCCUUUUCUUUCUCUGUGCCUCAGUUUCCAUCUCCUUCCAGUGGGGAGAAAGAACCGUGUGUCCCCAUGCCUCCCCUCCCCCCACAUCACCUAGAUCUGAGAGUUAACACCGUCCAGCCCUAAUGUGCUUUCUGUUCUCUCAGGGGAGUCUCUGAGGGUUUAGUGAGAAAGGAGAUGGAAAGUCCCAAGUGACACAGUAUUAGUGUAUGCUUUCUGUACCGCUCCGAGAGAUGGGAGGACAGAGUUCUGGAGGUGGGGGAAAUCUGCCAAAUUCUAACUCGACUGUAGCUCUUAGUUGUGUGCAGAAAAUACCAGGUCUCCUGGCAUUCUUUAACUGUCCUUUGCCCCUUACUCUUCUCAACCCACCUCCUCUCUUCCCUCCUCCCCCUCCCCUCCUCCCUCCACUUCUUCUCCCCCACCUCAUUUGCACUGCUCUCGGAAACCUCAACCUGUAUGUAGCCAGUCUCAGUGCCCUCGUAUGCUAAGAGCAGGAAACGGUAUGCUGAUCAGAUAAAAGGAGAAAUUCCACAAAGUUAAAUAAGCCCAGGGUAAGUUUUGGAGUCGUGACCAAAAAAAUGACAGUGGCCAAUUGGACUUGAGAGAGAUCCUUCCAGGACAACCAUCGUGAAGGAAGGGCUGCCUGUCUCCUCCCAGGCCUGGUCUUCUGGUGUGUCCUUCAAUCUCUGUGGACUGCCUAUUGGGGUAGGGGGGCAGUAGGUGUUGAGGAAGGUGAUCACUCAGGCGAUGUCUCUGCCUGGCGGAACUCUGAGGAGUGGAGGAACAGCACACAUCCAACAGUGCUUAUGGUGAAGGUCAGGUGUGCUGAGUGUGGCCUCAGUCAACUCUGGUCGCCAUCGAGAACACGGUCUCCAGUAUAAAGGCUGGCCCGGGAAAGAAAGUCAGGAUGUUAGAAAGCUGCCGACCAAAAGCCACAAAAACUUGUGACUUCUUUCCUGCUGCUCCCCCGAUGGCUGUGUCCAAGCCGAGAUGUCCUCUGAAGAUGGCUGUGGCUCAGAGGUCAUUGGGGGUGGUCUAGGUGGGUCACUCCUCUCUGAGGCCACUCUGUUCUUUCCUUUGAGGCUCUCCUGAAAGGCUGGUAGGAAAAGAGAUUGGCGGGGACCCAGGAGGGAACUGGAACCAGUGUCCCAGAUUCUAGUCCUGGCUGUUCACUGGCAAACUGGGAAAUGCUGGAACCCCCGACCCCACCCCAAUGGCUUGCUGGGCCUCAGCGUCCUCAGCUGUGACACAGGGAAGCUGAUUGGAUGCUCCCUAAAUUUCUCCCAAAACACAUCCAGUGAUUCUUCCUAACAUCAACACAUCCUUCACCGCUGUAGAGUUGCCCUCAGCCGGCCUUGCCGCUGAGAGGUCUCCUGUGCGCACAUACAUACACCUGCUUCCGAGGCCCUGGCACACAGGCCGAGUGAGAGGGCAGGACGGUUUCGUCUUGCUUCCUUUUUGUUCAGGCUCUUUGAACGCUCCAGGCUAGCAUUAGGACCUGGGCAGGGUAGGGGUUGAUCCUUCACCCCCUUCCCCUUCCAUCUACUUGGAGUCCUUGUGCCCUGGUGCAGCUCCCGUUUCCAGACCGAGGGUGGGAGGGCUGCCGAUUGGGUGGAGAAAAGCCAGUGCCUCUGCCCAGUCCUCCGACUGGUCAGGAAGCCAGAAAGGAGCGGCGAUGAGGCAAGGCCAGGCCUCAGCAUCUCACAUCCACCAUCUCCAGGAGAGAGACAUGCGCAGUUCUCCUGCUCAACUCAAGGGACUCAGACCCUUUUCUGACUGAGACGCAUGAGUGCCUUUGACAAGUUGGGCCUCCUAACCGCAGCCACGGCGCAGCAGGUCCACCUCGGACACCAAUCAACGCCACGCCACGAAUCCAGCUGGGCACAGGCAGAGGGCAGCUGGGGCUGCACGUUGUUCCUCCACCUGCCAAGGACCCCAGUCUCCCUGGUCACCCUCGCCACCACCUGUGACAGGCCUCAAGCUCCUCUCCCGCAAAGGCCCCCAGCCUCCGUGCAAGCAUUCUUAAACUCUUUACGCCUAACGAACAAGCACAGUUUUUUCAAUGGUGAAGAAAAAGCACCAGACUUGUUUUCCUGAAGAAAUCCCCCAAGCCCCAAGCCCCAACCCCGCCUGUGGGACAACAUUCCCCGCGUGGGGCUGUAGCAACGUCUGUCAGGUCCCCCUUGUGUUUCAUCUCCUGCGCGCGCGUAGAGCAAAUGCUAGAGCGAUUUCAGCUGAUAGAAAAACAAAAAAGAAAAAAAAAACACAAAAAAAUUAAAAAAAAACAUGGCACGUUGCUAGUUUACAGGGUUUUGUGAGUUUAAAUGCCUUAUAUUUAACAAUCAUAAUUUAUGACUAACUUGUAGAUAUCGUGGGUUCUUAUUUAAUUAUUUUUAUAGUUGUUUUGCAUUUUUAAUUAUAAUUUAUUUAUUUAGAAAGGAUACUAAUGUUUUUUAUUGCUCCUAUUACCUCAUUUUGGCGUCGUUUCUGGGAGUGGAAUGCUUUGCAUGCGUUGGUACGAUGACAACUGCGAAACAAACAAACAAACAAAAAAACCAUUUUAAAUAAAAGUCUGCGAACUUUAUUUUGUCCAAACUAUCAGGGUGUGUGAUUGCAAGCUGUCCUACUGUGGUGCUGGCCUCUUUGGAUACAUUCCAUACGAAAUGCAAACCUUUGAUUCUGUAUGCUGUGAUCUAGUGACAAGCUCCAAUAUAGUGAGUGUAUUUAGCACAUAUAUAAAUAUAAUUUGCACUCGUCAGCAGACUGGGGUAAUCCUUUCACUUGUCACUCGUGCCCCCUCCCCCAGGCCUCUUUCCCCACCUCAAGUCUGCUCUCUGUCUUCCCUCCCCUCCCUACAUUCCUAAGCCCACCCAUCCUCUAUCCCGAGGACAGUUACUAAGCUAUACUUGGGCUCCCACUCAGAAGGUUUCAGACACAAUGAAUAUGGUCAUCUGAAAGAGAGGCUGUUUUAUUAGGUAGGGCCCAGAAGACCCGCUCUGAUCAAGGGUAAGUCAGUACCUGGUCCCCCUGAGUCAGUCCUCAGCUCCGAGGGAGGGAGUCUAGAAGGUGAUCUCUUGGUUCGCCCUGAUUAAGAAAGAAUAAGUCACUGUCCCAAGCGAGACCACACAGGUGGCCCUCUCUCUCUCUCCCUUUCUCUCUCUCUCUCUCCCUCACCCCCAGAGAUGAAAAGGGAAAGGAUGAAAGGAAGACAAGGAGAGGAAUGGGGGACAUGGGGAACAGAGGGAGCCAGUUAGGAAUCACCUUAGAGAUCUGCUCAUAGCAGCAGUCCACAGAGUCCUCUCUAUACAACAUCCUGCAGGUGCAAAAACUAGCUAGAUACGUCCUUGAGUUUGCAACAUGGACUCUCUCAAGGUUAGGUGGUCAGUCUGAGAGAAGGAGUGGAUAGCAUAGAAGACCCAGACCACGGUGUGGGGAUUUCCCCCACCCCUAAUCUUGUCUGGAGCCUUUGUGGUUAGGAUACCAGUCAUUGACAAGAACUUGGGGAGCAGCAGAAUUAUAUCCUGCUUUCUCCCCAGCACCCCACCUCCCCUUUGCCUAUGUUUCACGGA